AUGGAGAUAGAGUCAGUCAAGUGUGAGUGCUGUGGCCUGAGGGAGGACUGCACCCAGGACUACAUUGCGAGCGUGAGAGGCAGCUUCUACGGCCAGUGGCUGUGCGGGCUGUGCUGCGAGGCCGUCAGGGACGAGGCCGGCAGGAAGAAGCAGGCGCACCCGGGCGUGGAGGAGGCCGUGCGGGCGCACAUGGCCUUCUGCAAGAUGUUCAAGUCCAACCCCGCCGUCCGGGUGGCCGACGGCAUGCGCCAGAUGCUCCGGCGGCGGUCCGGCGACUUGUCCAAGCCGCCGGGCUCCUCCUCCUCCUCCAGCAAGUACGGCACUGCGCAGGUCGGAGAUGAUUCAUCCGUGUCGCUAUAUUGA